AUUGAGUGGUAGGUGGAAGGUACUGCAGUGGUGUGUGUGUGUCUGUGUCAGUGUAGUGGCUGCAGUGUCUGUCGUCUGUCCCGGCACGACACCUAGCCGAGACAGGCGAGAAAUGGAAGUAUUGCCCGAAGGAAAAAACUUCAGAUUGGUCAAAGAAGACGAACUUCCAGAAAUAUUAGAGUUUCUUUCGCACUAUCUUCCAGACUCGUUGAAGUUUCACCAGACACUGCGGACCUAUCUGCACGACCGCGUGUGGGACUUCCACUUCUACGUUAACACAGACUGGCCGGAACAGCCAGUUUGUCUCCACUUCCCUGGAAUGACCCAAACGCCGAACGGCAAAUUGUACGAGAGCUUCAGCAUCUUCUGUCCCCUGGACAGUCUGGACAAUCUUGAGCUGGUGGAGACUGAGGAUGUGCUCAUUGACUGGUCUCGGCCUAUCUACCUCAACUUCACCCACUGCAAGAUCAUGGAGCGACUGGAGGAGUUCUACUUGGACCGUGGGACCAUCGAGAAGGUCUGCGGGGACGUUUACGUGUGUGACGAGCCUCCAGCUGACGACCAGAUGGCUGAACUGGUGCCACCAGAGGAGGUGAAGAUAGAGGAGCUACGACAGGAGCACGCCACAGCCAUCCACGAGCUUUACCCAGCCAACGAUAUGGAGGCGGUGGAAGUGUUUGAAAGACUCAUCACCGCAUUGCCAGCCUUCGGGGUGUUUUCCUCGGGUGAGCUGGCCGCGUGGAUGGUCCAGUCCUACUACGGUGCCAUGUUCUCCAUGCAGACCCGUCCCGAGUUUCGCCGCAAGGGCUAUGGCAUCCACCUAGCAAAGUGUCUCACGAAAAUCGUCCGUUCGAGAGGAUACGUCCCGUUCGUCGUCAUUCGUCCCGAGAACGACGCCUCGCAGAGUCUCUACCACAAGUUAGGCUUUAGGAAGAACUAUCAAACAGUGCGUGCCAUCCUGCGACCGCACGACAAGACCUCCACCGACGACUGAGGGCGUUGGGCCGCGGCCGGGCUCCUCUCUCAUCUCUCGCUUCCACCUGCCUGCUCCACUUAUUUAUCUCUAAAUCAAUUCCAAUAAACGUAGGCUCGUAGGGCACUGUGCACGGGCAGUCUGUGAUAAUAUCCUCCGCGCCGCGCCGCUAGCUGGUACUCUCCCUGACACUGUACAGUCUCACCACAACGACAGGUCUCUCGACUGGUAGGGGAAACUGCUGAAUUCUUAUUUGUUUAAGAUCUAAGCCUAUUGGUAUUUUAAGCUAAAUACCGUCCCAUUCCUUUGACUAACUUUUAUGGUCAAAGAAUUGUUGGUUUUCUUAGUUGUAUAGGUCUGCAGAUUAGCAUUUGUCGUAGACCAUGAGUCAGAAGAGGUGCUUAAUUGCUCAAUAGUCAGUGUCAGUGGCUAGGGAGGGUGCCAGACGCUAGCCCUGCACAGUCACCGAUAGUUGUAGUACGGGCUGGAGACCUUCAAGUGCCACACACCUCGCGCCAGGGUCAAGUUGAAAAUCUGUGAUAUCCUCAUUUAAACCUCAGGCAUCGUAUUCUUUUAUAUAUAUAGUUUUCGAUAUAAUACGUUUGUACUAAUUUAGGAGUCGUAGACAAUUUAUAAACUUUGUUUGGCGAUGUACAUAAUUUGUAUUCUAAAGGAAUUUUAAGAUAGAAAAUCGCACCGUAGGAUAUUCCUGAGGUUUAAAUUUGUAUGAAAAUCAAAAGCGAUGAUAGUUUUUGAAUGUUUGUAAAUAACUAUAUUAUAUAAGAAGUGGCUGCCCUGGCUCGGUGGUGUUUGUGAUCAGCGCAGGAGAAAUAACCGAGCGUCAAUUUUAACUAAAUAUUUUUAUAUUAUUAAUGAUUUACUCGUCGGUUUUAUCCUUGUAAUAACUCAUUAAUUUUAUAGCUCAUUGAAACGUAUGUGUUUUAAUAAUUGAAGGAUCGUACCUUCAUUGUGAAUAACAGAUACGAGUUACUUCUCAUGUAACAUCAGAAUGCCUGAUAAUCGUGAAGAUUAGUUAGUUUUGGGGCCGAGAAUCACAAUGUGGGUAUUUCUCUAUUUCAAACUUAUUUAUUUGCGUAACGGCUAGACGUGGGUUAAUUCUACUGUAAUAUUACCCAUUUCAAGAGUUAUAUAUACUAUUAAUUCUAAAAUUGUGCUUGUGGAUUCAAUCAAUUGACGGUAUCGAGUUUUUUUUUAUCAAUUUCAUAAAAUGAGAUAUGAACAUUCUUUGUUCAUACAAAUGUAAACAAAUUUGGGAGGCUGUUAAGUGUUGUCUCAUUGCAUAUAAUAAAUCCAUAAUCAUCCUACUAACAAGGUUAUAAAAUGAAUUAUAAUAUUGUCAGGAGGAGAUAUUUUUGAAUUUAUGAACUGCAUUUGUUUAUUUUUAAUACAUUAAACCAAACACAUCUUGACAGAAUAAAAAUGAGAUGACAUAUUAUUGUGUGGGUUUCCUACUCCCACGAAAUACAAUUACUCUUUAUUAAUUCAUUAAUUUCACUUUUCUGUCAAUUAAGUGCAGGAAACAAUGGUAUGAGUAAUAGCUACCACUGUAAAAGUAGGAAUCAAAUCCUAAUUUUAUUCUUUUAAAAACUCGAGACGGAAAAAUGUUUGAAAUUAGUUCUACUGCAGAAACUUUUACAUUCUAUUUUCUUCAGCUGAACUUUGAACCUGACGUGAUAUUAAUCCACAAGCAUAGUUUUGUGAUAGUUUACACCUUCUGCUGUACUCUGUAGGCAAACACUCUGCAGUCUGCAGUAUGCAGUACACAGGCUGAAGACUCGGUAGAUACGCUUAGGCUAUAACAUUCCUCACUGUCUAGGUAACGGAUGGUUGGUGGUAAUGUGUGUCCGUUGGGCGAAUAUAGAAUGGUAGGUUUUUUAUCUUUUCAUAAUCAAUGGAUAGGUGUUGAUCUUAAACGGCAGUGGAUAACUUGUAAACAGACAUGAUAAGAAGAUUUGUGUUGUUAUGAAUCUUAAGAUUCGACGUUUAAGUUAUUGAGUGAUAGGUACGCUUUUUAUUUCGAUGUAUCUGAGUUUUUUUUUUUUAAUUACUGAGAUAUGAAUGUAUGAUUGGGUGAAGUUUUGUUUUGUUUUGCUGUACACCAAAGACGUAAACUUAAAUUUAGUGAGCUAGGGAUGAUUUGUUAUCUCUACAAACGUGUGAGAGUGACGAUUGUUAUAUCGAGUUAGUUCCUUGCUUUCCUGAUCUGAUGUUAUGUUUUAUAAACUUUACCAAGUGGUACCUAUCAAAUCCUGAUGAACCCGGAGCAAAUUGGGAUUUUAAAAAUUGAUCACCUUUUUUCUAGUUUGAGGGAUAUUGUACUACAUAUUCAGGCACAAUCAAUUUACUGGAGUGAAAGCAGACCAAAAUAUAAUUUUAACUCCCGAUAAUUUUAUUAAAAAACUACAACCAACUUUGUGCAAACUCGUACUCAGGAGAUGUGUGUUGUUGGUUGUAAUGCUUCGCGCAGAAACAUAACAGAAGUGCUUCUUUUAGUUAACAAAUUUUGAAGCAGUUUUGACAAAUUAGAAUUAAACCGAAAACUCCUCCAAAUACUGUACAUAUAAAUUCAAAUUCAUUUUUUUUAAACGUUUUUAAAUUGUCAACUUACUGCACAUUUUAGUCCGCUGAAAAUCAAAGAAUAAUAUAUAAUAGCAUAAAAAUUUUACAAGUUUGUUCAAACCUAAUUAUGAUUAUUAUUAUUAUUAUUACUACUACUACUACUACAAAGGUAGUUUCUUAUAGUGUUGAUUGAAAAUCUUAUGGCUGCCAAAGAUAUUAAAUAUCAACACUUGAUUUUCCAAAUUGAAUCUCUUCCAAAAUUGUUGGACAUGUUCCUCUUGAACCAAUUUAAGUAAUCCAUAAACUUCAAAUUGUGAUACUUUAUAUAUUUCUGAACAAUAGGGUAUAGUUUUCUUAUAUAUCCUCACUUUUUCUUCUUAAACUUCCAUUGGCUGACUUUCGUUUGUCUCGAGACGAAUUGUUGGGUCGAUAAUGAAACCGUAUUCUCUUCCCUUGCCAAUAGUAAUAAUAUCACUCCACCUCACAGAGCCGUCUUCUUCUAAAGCUGUGACUUCUUCGUAGACCUCGUAACUUUUUUUGCGGAAUUGAUCAGAUUUGAUCUUUUUGUAUAGUGAUGGGUAUUCCAUAGAAGACUAUUAAAUGGACACUUUCCAAGGACGUGUGCAAGAGUUUCAAUGAUAAAUUUCUCAGAUAAAGGACAAUGCCAGCACUGGUUCCCGUCCCUGGGCCUCCCAUGAAGAAUUUAACGUCUCCGACCAUUUUCAACUAUUGUCUUCUGGCAGGCCACAACCUCUUGCCAAAUUCUUAUUGAUUUUAUCAAAAUUUCAAAAAGGGCAACCCGUUCCCUUUAUAUGGAUGUUUACAUCAAUUUUGUUUUCUUUGGAUUUAGGUUCCUAAUGAUAUACUGUAAUAUGAAGAUUUAAAAAAUAAUAAGUUACUUGCCAUCAAACUGUCUAAAUGUUGUUUUCAAUUUAAUAGCGAAAUAACAGCUAUAACUUUAAGUUUAAAUGUGUUAAAACUCGUAACAAUAUUUUGAAUUUCAUAGCAUAACAUCAAGUUGGGCUAACGCCUAAAAUGGAAAAGUUACCUAAAAUGUUCUAAUAAUUGAAAAUUAUUUUUGUUGAAUAUACUUUGCAAAAAACUUUGAUUCAAAAUGUUCAGUACAGUUUUAAGGAUAAAAGUAUCCUGUACAUCCUUGUUCCAUCCUUGACAGUAGCUCAUUGCACAUAACUUUGUAUUGUAUUUUGAUUGUAUAUUGUUUGGAAAAGUUUAGUUGGAAAGUGCUUCCUCUCACUGGUGUAAACAUGGUUAGUUAUUGUAUUGAUUAUCUGUAUGUUAACUUUUGUUUACUGUAUGUUGGUUGUGUUACUGAACUGAGCGACCUGUUGACCUGUUACAACAUGAUCUAGUCCUAGAGAGAAAGUCCACGUUGUUUGACAGUGAACACUUGCCUCUCUAGAGAGGAAUUAAAUGCCUUAAAAUUA